AUGACUGUUGACUAUACCUGGUGGAAGGACGCUACAAUUUACCAAGUUUACCCAGCAACCUUUGCCAAAGGUUUGCAAGGCAGAUACACUGGUGACGACAAGACAUUCGAUGGUGCUUGCGGUGAUAUUCCAGGUAUAAUCUCCAAGCUCGACUACUUAAAAGACUUUGUCGAUAUCAUCUGGCUCAGUCCUAUGUACGAUUCACCACAGGAUGAUAUGGGGUACGAUAUCAGUGACUACCAAAAUGUCUACCACAGGUAUGGUACUAUGCAGGACAUGCAAAAUUUAAUAGAUGGGUGCCAUCAACGCGGCAUGAAGAUCAUUUGCGACUUGGUCAUUAACCACACUUCUUCUCAACACGAAUGGUUUAAAGAGUCUCGCUCUUCUUUGGACAACCCAAAGAGAGAUUGGUACAUUUGGAAAAAACCAAAAUACGACAAGGACGGAAACAGAUGUCCACCAAAUAACUGGUUGUCCCAUUUCUCGGGCUCUGCAUGGGAGUUUGAUGAGACCACUGGUGAAUAUUAUUUAAAGCUAUUUGCCAAAACACAACCAGAUUUAAACUGGGAAAACGAGGAGACAAGAAAAGCGAUUUAUGACACUUGUUUAAAGUUCUGGUUUGAGAGAGGAAUUGAUGGUUUUAGAAUUGAUACUGCUGGUAUGUACUCCAAGGACCAGGCAUUCCCUGAUGCCCCUAUUGUUUAUAAAGAUCAGUAUUACCAGCCAAGUGGAAUGUAUACAAACAAUGGUCCUAGAAUUCACGAGUUCCACAAGGAGAUGUUCAAGAAUGUCACCAGUCACUAUGAUGCUAUGACCGUUGGCGAAGUUGGUCAUUGCAGCAAGGAACAAGCAUUGAAAUACGUUAGUAAAUCUGAAAAUGAAAUGAAUAUGAUGUUCUUAUUCGACGUUGUUGAUGUUGGCUCAGAUAAGGGUGAUAGAUUUAGAUAUAAUGGUUUUGACUUGAAGGAUUUUAAAAAAGCAGUACAAAACCAAUGCGAAUUCAUUUACGGAACGGAUGCAUGGUCAACAGUUUUCAUUGAAAACCACGAUCAACCCAGAUGCAUCUCGAGAUUUGGCGAUGCUAAAUACCGAGUCAAGAGCGGUAAAUUGUUGUGCUUGUUGCAGCUGACCUUGACUGGUACAUUGUUUAUUUAUCAGGGACAGGAGAUUGGUAUGACCAACUUGCCACGUGAUUGGCCGAUUGAAGAAUACAAAGAUAUCAACACCAUCAACUACUACAAGGCGUUUAAAGAAAAGUAUGGCAACGAUGCUGAUUAUGCCGAGAAGGAGAAGAAGUUGAUGGAUGUUAUCAAUCUUGUUGCUAGAGACCAUGCAAGAUCACCAAUGCAAUGGGACUCUUCUGAGUAUGGUGGAUUUUCUGACCAUGAGCCAUGGACGAGAGUCAAUACCAACUACAAGGAGAUCAAUGUUGCUGACCAGUUGCAAGAUCCCGACUCUUUGUUGAAUUUCUGGAAGAAAUCACUCAAGGUGAGAAAAGAGUACAAGGAUUUGCUCAUUUACGGGUCAUUUGAGAUUUUGGAUUUCGAUAAUGAACAAUUAUUUACAUAUGUCAAGACAUUGGAGAAUGCCAAAUCACCUAAAGCAUAUGUUGUGCUUAAUUUCAGCACCACCGAUGUCAAGUUUGAGAAAUUGGUUGAAGGGGGUUCAUAUAAAUUGAUCAAUUGUAAUGUCAAAGAGUCUGAAAUGGUGGAAGAUAGAUUAUCGCCUUUCGAAGGACGUGUUUACAUUGUUGAAUAA